AUGGACGAAACCUCCACCCACAAAACCCGAUUCACAGAAGAAUCACUCUUACAAGCCACCCACACCAACACCAAUAUCAAAAACAAAGGCAAAUACAGUCGCAGCCUCUCCCACGUAAACGACGAGCUCUCCAGUUUCCGAUGCUACCUCCGCUGGAUGUGCGUCGACCAAUCCAACGCCUUCACCGCGACUCUCUCAUGGUUCGUUUUCUUCGUCUUCGCGCUGGCGGUUCCCGCGGCUUCGCACUUCUUUAUUGCCUGUCCGGAUUGCGAUGCCAGACACUCCCGACCAUACGACGCUGUCGUUCAGCUGUCGUUGAGCUCGGUUGCUUCGCUGUCGUUUUUGUGUCUUUCGUCGUUUGUUAGAAAGUAUGGGCUUCGGAGGUUCUUGUUUUUGGAUAAGCUUUGUGAUGAGAGCGAGACGGUUCGAAUGAAUUACAUGGCACAACUCAAUAGAUCAUUGAAGCUCAUUUCGGUUUUUGCGGGUCCAUGUUUCAUAGCAAUGUCUGCAUACAAAAUCUGGUGGUACACAUCAGGAGGAUCACAAAUUCCAUUCUUAGGAAAUGUGUACGUCAGUGAUAUAGUAGCUUGCAUAUUGGAACUCUGCUCAUGGCUGUACCGUACCACUGUGAUAUUUCUAGUUUGCGUUCUCUUCCGUUUGAUCUGUCAUCUUCAGAUCCUACGGCUACAAGACUUUGCCACGUACUUUCGUGUCGAUUCAGAUGUGCAAUCGUUUGUGUGUUUGCUUGAGACUACUAAGGCUAAAUAUGGUCUUAGUAUCUACAAAACCGGUGAACUUAUGCUGUGUUCAGUAACGCUACUUUCUGCGCUGUCCAUUAUGUUCCGUAGUGCAACGAAGAUAACACACAAAGCACAAGCGAUCACAGGGUUAGCUGCCAAGUGGCAUGUUUGUGCGACGUUGGAUUCUUUUGAUGGAGCGGACGAAGGUGGAAGACUAUCGGCUCAGAUUUCUCACGAAAUAAUCUAUCCUAGGGUUGGAACAGAUGGGGAAUCAGAGGGUGAUGAUGCUGGUGAUGAAGAAGAUGAAAUUGAUAACACAAAGUUGAUUGCAUCUUAUUCUUACAGUACUAUCUCUUAUCAGAAAAGACAAGCUCUUGUAAAUUACUUUGAGAAUAACAAGGCAGGAAUUACUGUAUAUGGAUUCAUGUUGGAUAGGAGUACGUUACACACCAUAUUUGGUAUUCAGCUAUCACUAGUUCUUUGGCUGCUUGGGAAAACCAUAGGCAUUUCUUGA